GUGCGUUCCCCGCCCCGGCCCCGCCCCAAGGCCGGGCAGGUGUGGGCGGGCAGCCCGGACCCCGCGGAGCCCGGGCAGGGAGAGCCGGCGGGAAACAGGAAGCGGGGGGAGGCGCGCGGCCGGACGGCCGGAGGGAGGCCGUGCGGGCGGACGUGCGGGUGGCUGGCCGGCCGGACAUUCGGCCCGGAUCGGGGCGGCGAUGUGGGGAGGCUCGGGCAGCACUGGUGGCUGCGGGGCCGGGGGCGGAGCCGAGGGCGCCGCGGACACCGCCCCCCUGCGCCGGCGGAGCCGCCGUGCGAGCGCGGACCCGGGAGCCCGAGGCGGCUGCGGAGUGCGGGACCCCGUGGAGGCGGCCAUGCCCGGCCGGGCCGAGGCAAGGGAGGCUGAGGAGGAGGAAGCCGGGGCCGGCUCAGGGUCCGAGGCGGAGGAGGACGCACUAUGGGAGAAGAUCGAGGGCGUCCGGCACCGGCUGACGCGUGCCCUGAAUCCGGCCAAGCUCACGCCGUAUCUGCGCCAGUGCCGGGUCAUCGACGAGCAGGACGAGGAGGAGGUGCUGAGCACCUACCGCUUCCCGUGCCGUGUCAACCGCACCGGACGCUUGAUGGACAUCCUGCGCUGCCGGGGCAAGAGGGGAUACGAGGCCUUCCUGGAAGCCCUGGAAUUUUAUUACCCUGAACACUACACACUGCUCACUGGCCAGGAGCCUUCCCAGCGCUGCUCUAUGAUCCUCGAUGAGGAGGGGCCUGAGGGCCUGACCCAGUUCCUGAUGACAGAAGUACGGCGGUUGCGGGAAGCUCGAAAGAGCCAGCUGCAGCGGGAGCAGCAACUGCAGGCCCGGGGCCGGGUGCUGGAGGAGGAGCGGGCAGGGCUGGAGCAGCGGUUGCGGGACCAGCAGCAGGCACAGGAGCGCUGCCAGCGGCUGCGGGAGGACUGGGAAGCAGGCAGCCUGGAGCUGCUGCGGCUCAAGGAUGAGAACUACAUGAUUGCCAUGCGCCUGGCACAGCUCAGCGAGGAAAAGAACUCGGCUGUGCUGCGCAGCCGUGACCUGCAGCUGGCGGUGGAUCAGCUCAAGCUCAAGGUGAGUCGACUGGAGGAAGAGUGCACACUGCUGCGCAGGGCCAGGGGGCCACUUCUGGGGGCCGAGGAGAAGGAGAAGGAGGCAGAUGGCGUGGACCUUGUUUCAGAGCUGCGCGCUGAGAACCAAAGGCUGACGGCGUCGCUGCAGGAGCUGCAGGAGGGGCUGCAGCAGGAGGUGAGCCGGCCAGGGGCCCCGGGCUCAGAACGCAUCCUCCUGGACAUCCUGGAGCAUGACUGGCGGGAGGCGCAGGACAGCAGGCAGGAGCUGUGCCAGAAGCUGCAUGCUGUGCAGGGGGAGCUGCAGUGGGCCGAGGAGCUGCGCGACAAGUACCUGCAGGAGAUGGAAGACCUGCGGCUGAAGCACCGAACACUGCAGAAGGACUGUGACCUGUACAAGCACCGCAUGGCCACUGUCCUGGCCCAGCUGGAGGAGAUUGAGAAGGAGCGGGACCAGGCCAUACAGAGCCGGGACCGGAUCCAGCUGCAGUACUCACAGAGCCUCAUUGAGAAGGACCAGUACCGCAAGCAGGUGCGGGGCCUGGAGGCCGAGCGGGACGAGCUACUGACCACACUCACCAGUCUGGAGGGUGCCAAGGCCCUGCUGGAGGUGCAGCUUCAGCGGGCUCAGGGCAGUACCUGCCUCAAGACGGAAUCCCCUCUCAUGGCCAAGAGGCCCAGCACAUUGGACCCCUCCUUUUCUCCAGCUGGUUCUGCCUGCGCCUCCUCCCAUUCCCUGUGCUCCAACCUCAGCAGCACCUGGAGCCUGAGCGAGUUUCCCUCUCCCGUGGGAGGCCUGGAAGCAGCUGGGGAGGCUGCUGUCCUGGGGGGAUCUGAGCCCCAUACCUCGGAGGAGGCCACAGACAGUGAGAAGGAGAUCAACCGGCUCUCCAUCCUGCCCUUCCCCCCCAGCGCUGGUUCUAUCCUCCGCCGACAGCGGGAGGAGGAUCCUGCCCCCCCUAAGAGAUCCUUCAGCAGCAUGUCGGACAUCACAGGGAAUGUGACACUUAAGCCCUGGUCCCCUGGCCUCUCCUCAGCCUCAUCCUCUGAUAGCGUAUGGCCUUUGGGAAAGCCAGAAGGCCUCCUGGUCCGGGGAGGCGGCCUUGACUUCGUCAACAGGUCUUUGGCCAUCCGAGUGUCUGGCCGGAGUCCCCCGGGGGGUCCAGAGCCCCAGGACAAGGGUCCGGAUGGCCUAUCGCUCCUUGGGGACAGAUGGUCUGGGGCAGUGCGGAGGGUUCUAUCUGGGCCUGGGUCUGCCAGGACCGAACCAAGAGAGUCAAGGGCAGAAGCUGUAGGGCUGGAGGGCCUAGAAGCCCAGGCCCAGCAGAGAACCUUGUCCUGGAACCAGGGGUCCACAUUCCCCUUCAUGAUGGACUCAAAGGCCUGCCAGUCCUUCCAUGAGGCCCUAGAAGCCUGGACAAAGGGGCUGUGUGCUGAGCCCUUCUACAUUCGAGCCAACCUCACCCUGCCUGAGCGGGCAGAUCCCCACGCCCUUUGUGUGAAAUCCCAAGAGAUCCUUCGGUUGGUGGACCCAGCGUACAAGCGGCGGCAGGAAUGGUUCUGCACCCGGGUCGACCCCCUCACACUGCAGGACCUGGACCGGGGCACUGUGCCCAAUUACCAGAGAGCCCAGGAGUUCCUAGAAGUUCAGGAAAAAUGCCUGCCCUCCAGCCGACAACGAGGCCCCCGUAGUAAUCUAAAGAAGAGAGCCCUGGACCAGCUGCGGCUGGUGAAGACCAAGCCCAUCGGGAGUGCUGCAGGGGACUCCCCGGAGCAGCCGCUGCUGGAGCCCUGCUCAGACCCUGAGUGUAGCCUUAAGCCAUACAGCCUGGUGAGGCCACUGCUGGUGUCUGCCCUGCGGCCCGUGGUGCUGCUGCCUGAAUGCCUGGCGCCCCGGCUCAUCCGCAACCUGCUGGACUUGCCCAGCUCCCGGGUGGACUUCCAGGUGUGCCCAGCAGAAAGCCUCUCUGGGGAGGAUGUGUGCACACCCUCAGCACCUGGAGCCCCCAAGGCCCAGCCUGUCACCCCUGGGCUGGGCAGCAGGAUCCGGGCCAUCCAGGAGUCUGUUGGGAAGAAGCACUGCCUGUUGGAGCUGGGCGCUCGGGGUGUGCGGGAGCUGGUACAGAAUGAGAUCUACCCCAUUGUCAUCCAUGUGGAGGUGACUGAGAAGAAUGUCCGAGAAGUCAGGGGUCUCCUGGGCCGGCUGGGCUGGCGGGACUCAGAGCUGCUACGGCAGUGCCGUGGCUCAGAGCAGGCCCUCUGGGGGCUGCCCUGCUCCUGGGUGCAGGUCCCCGCUCACGAGUGGGGCCACGCGGAGGAGCUGGCCAAGGUGGUACGCUGCCGCAUCCUGCAGGAGCAGACCCGCCUUGUGUGGGUGGACCGCAACGUGGAGCACGGUGGCAACAGGGGCUGUGGUGGCAGCAGCGAGGCCUGAGGCCCAUCUGAUGCCUGCACUUCCUCCCUGACUUCCGAAGCCAGUGUGGAGCUGGCCCGCCCACCCUGAGCCUUCCAGACUCUUGGACUCCUGGACGGACAUGGGACCCAUCCCUGGCCUUGCUGAGCCUGCAGGAGCCAACAGGGCAGGGCUCCCACCCCCCUGUACUUGCUGCUCUGGGCCUUCCCGCCCGUCCCCAUGUCUCCAUGUUCCCACUCAUGGGGCUCACGUGUGUGUCUCUCCUUAAACACUCGCCCUGUGAUCUCACAUCUGUGCAAAGAUUUGCACACUCAAGUUCUCAGGGGCAGGCUCAGGCCUGUCCCCCUGUCUGGGCGUAAUGGGUCUCCUGAGGUCCUCAGCUUGUUCUGCUCCCAGGAGCACCAAGCCCAUUACCAUGUGACUUCUACUGUCCAGCUCACAUUUCAUGUGUGGAGGCCACAUGUGACUGCUGUGGCUUCCCUGGUCUGUGAUCACCUCGUUUCUCCUCUCACCUGUGUCUGUGGUUCUCUUCCUGUGUAAAUAAAUGUUGUGUUCCACCCCUGUGACACAUGGGCACUGACUCCCAGGACCAUGGCUCAUGGGAGCUCCCCUCGGGUGGGGGAGGAGCCAGCUGCUCUGUCACAAGAAUGUAUGGCUUGUGGAUUACUAAUGGGCCCUUUUCACUCAGAAGCUGCACACUAUGGACCAUUAAAUGCCUUUUU